GCGUUCCCUGCCCUGGGCGGUCAGUACUCACCCCAAACGGCGAGUUGAAGAUGUCCGACCCAUUUUCUGGGCCUCCAGGCCGAAGAGUUACAUCUACCGAACUCAGGAAUGGGAUGAGUUUCCUAAUGGCCGCUGGGGUAACUCAUCCUCCCCAGCCUUUGGGGAGCUGAAGGAUUAUUACCUCUUCUACCUGAAGAGCAAAUCUCCCAGGGACGAGCUGCUGAAGAUGUGGGGCGAGGAGCUGACCAGCGAGGAAAGCGUCUUCGAGCUGUUCAGGUGUUACAUCGCCGGAGAGCCCAACAAGGAGGGGCACAAGGUGAGAGAUUCAGGGAGGGCCCUGGCCCAUGAACCUCCACAUAGGGGGUGAACAAGUGUGGGCGUCCGGUCUCUGGAGUCCUGACCCAAGUCUCACAUACCCUCCAAUAUUUCUCCAGUGAAAAUGGGGGGCGUCCUAUUCCGUUCUUGUUAUUGUUAUACCAGACCCAUCUGACUGGAUUGCCUCAGCCAUUCUGGGUGUCUUUCAACAUCAAUAAAAACAUAAAACACACACACACACAC